AUGGCUUCCUACUCCGCCAUCGGCCCCGAGCCAACAGACGCAGACCCCAUGACUUCGAGCACCGGGUCGCUGAGAGGGCGACGGAGAGGCAGAGGAAAACAAGACGUCGGAUUCAAGGGCCAGGCAACAUGGAUAUCCAGUGUCAUUAACCUGGCCAACACCAUUCUCGGUGCCGGCCUCCUCGCCAUGCCCUCCGCGCUCUCCAAAAUGGGCAUCUUCCUCGGCAUCUUCGUUAUCGCAUGGGCUGGCACGACCGCAGGCUUUGGCCUCUACCUCCAGACGCGAUGCGCGCGCUACAUUGACCGCGGACAUGUAUCCUUUGCGACACUGUCUCAGAUGACAUAUCCGAACCUGUCCAUCAUCUUCGACGCUGCCAUCGCCGUCAAGUGCUUUGGCGUGGCCGUCAGCUAUCUUAUCAUCAUUGGAGAUCUGAUGCCGGGUGUGGUUCGAGGAUUUGCGCCGGGCGCUGGAGACAUCACCUUUCUGGUCGACAGGCAGUUCUGGAUCACGGCAUUCAUGCUCAUCGUCAUUCCGCUGUCCUUCCUGCGCCGUCUCGACUCGCUCAAGUACACCAGCGUAAUCGCCCUCUUCUCCAUCGCCUACCUCGUCAUACUCGUCGUAGCCCACUUCCUCAAAGGCGACACGAUAGCCGAUCGCGGCAACGUCCGUGUCUUCGAAUGGGCGGGCCCAGUCUCCGCACUCGCUGCCUUCCCCGUCAUCGUCUUCGCCUACACGUGCCACCAGAACAUGUUCUCGAUCCUGAACGAGAUAGCCGACAACUCUCACUUCCAGACCACCACCGUCAUCUUCGCUUCCAUCGGAGGCGCAUGCGGACUGUACAUCCUCACCGGCAUCACAGGCUACCUAUCCUACGGCGACAACAUCCACGGCAACAUCGUCUCCAUGUACCCCACCGCCGCCGCCAGCACCAUCGGCCGCCUCGCCAUCGUCAUCCUCGUCAUGUUCUCCUACCCCCUCCAAAUCCACCCCUGCCGCGCCAGCAUCGACGCAUGUCUAAAGUGGCGCCCCGGCGGCCGCAAACAAAGCGAAAGCAGCCCCUCACGAAACACACUCAUGAACAACACACCCAAACCCGGCGCUCCCAAGAGCAACGAGAUGAGCGACUUGAAAUUCGCAGUCAUUUCCACCGUCCUCAUCAUCCUCUCCUUCAUCACCGCCAUGACCGUUUCUAGUCUGGAGAAAGUACUGGCUUAUGUUGGUAGCACGGGUUCUACGACGAUUUCCUUCAUUCUACCGGGGUUGUUUUAUUACAAGAUCUCUGACCCGGAAUCUUCACACCACCAGCGUCUUGUUAAGGAUGAAGACGACGAAGAUGAGUAUCAGAGUGGAGAGGCGGAGGGGUAUGUCACGAGCGAGGGACAUCUUAAUCGUGAUUUCAGAAGGGGCCUACUGCGUAAUUUGGCGCUUGCUUUGAGCAUUUACGGUGUUGUUGUUAUGGUCGUUUGUCUCAUUACGAAUACCUUUUUGGUCGCGGCGCAUUGA